AUGCCCGCUCAUGUUUCGUUGCGUGCUCGACUAAUCGACCUGAUGGAAAUGGAAGAGUGCAUUUGGUAUAAGGGCGCGCCUGAUUACGGCAGAAGAGAUCGAGUUGAAAGCGCAUGGGAGCGCAUUAUGCAGGAUUUGGAAUGUCUAGGCCACAGAACUAACGUGGCGGAGCUCAAGAAUAUGUGGAAAAACUUGAAAGACACGUAUCGAAGGAAAAACAAUCCAACUACGGGAUCUGCUUCGGGGCCGCAAUGGACGUACUUGCAGGCCAUGCGAUUUCUUGAAAGGAAUCAGCACGACGGGCUACGCCAAGAGAUCUUAAAAGUCAUCAACCCGAGGCACGUGAAUCUCCACGCCAGUCCUUCAAAUUCGGAGGAUAUAAUAAAAGGAGAAAUUGAAGUGGAUCGUUAA